AUGUCAACUUUGUUGGUAAUUAUUUUCACAAUAUUGUUCUUGUCUAUAAACAAGAGGACCGAUGCAGCAUCGUUUCCGACCCGGCCCGAAAGGCUGACCCGAUCCAAACUGGAGCAACUCCGCAACUACACCGCCAUAUCGGAGUUCCGGGUUCUCAACCGGCGGUACUUGAUAGACUGCCCCGACCCGAACCCGUAUCUCCAACUGAACACCACCUCCGGCAGUGGGCCCACCCUUUCCGACGACGAGUACGUAACUGUAAACAUCACCGGAGUUCUCCUCCCUUCUAGCGGUGAUUGGGUGGCCAUGAUAUCCCCUUCUCAUUCUGACGUGGGAACGUGUGUAGAGAAUGCAGUGAAGUAUGAACAGACGGGUGAUUUUAGCAGCCUUCCUCUUCUAUGCCACUAUCCGGUCAAGGCGCAAUAUGUGAGGAAUGAUCCAGAUUACCUUAGCUGUAGCAAGCAGGAAUGCAAGAAGUAUGUGGCCGGAGAGUGCGUGUUAACCACGUGCGGGGCAACUUUGUCCUUUCAUGUUGUCAACAUACGGACAGACAUUGAAUUUGUGCUGUUUGGCGGUGGAUUUGAAACACCCUGCAUUUUUAAAAGAUCGGAUUCUGUGAGCUUCGACAAUCCAAACAUGCCCUUAUAUGGUCAUAUUUCAAGUCCCGAUUCAACCGGAACAUCGAUGAAAUUAAGUGAUUCGGUUGGAUGGAGUGAUGAAAUAAGAUUCAAAACAGCACCGGGAGGUGGUUCAGAUGAGCUCAAGUUUCUUGCUUAUGGUGAUAUGGGCAAGGCCCCUCUCGAUUCUUCCGCCGAACACUACAUACAGCCGGGAUCGAUAUCGGUUACGAAAGCUAUGGCAGACGAAGUGUCGUCGGGCAAAGUUGACUCGAUAUUCCACAUUGGAGACAUAAGUUACGCCACUGGAUUUCUUGUUGAAUGGGAUUUCUUUCUUCACCAAAUUACCCCUCUGGCCUCCCAAGUUUCUUACAUGACCGCAAUCGGAAACCACGAGAGGGAUUAUGUGAACUCUGGAUCGGUUUAUUCGACUCCAGACUCGGGUGGAGAAUGCGGAGUUCCUUACGAGACUUAUUUUCCGAUGCCAACACAAGCAAAGGAUAAGCCAUGGUACUCUAUUGAACAAGGCAGUGUUCAUUUUACUGUCAUUUCUACCGAGCAUGAUUGGACCGUAAAUUCCGAGCAGUAUGAUUGGAUGAACAAAGACAUGGCAACAGUAGAUAGAACAAGAACUCCUUGGCUAAUUUUCACAGGUCACAGGCCAAUGUAUACAUCCAGCCCCGGAAACGCGAUUCUUCCUAGCGUCGACACUGAAUUCGUUGCUGACGUGGAGCCGUUGCUUCUAGCAAACAAGGUUGAUCUGGCAUUGUUCGGGCACGUACACAACUACGAGAGAACUUGCGCGGUUUAUAAGCAAGAAUGCAAAGCCAUGCCAACGAAAGAUGGGAACGGAAUCGACACUUACGAUAAUUCAAACUACACUGCACCCGUUCACGCAGUUAUCGGAAUGGCUGGCUUUACGCUUGAUGGUUUCACCCAAAAUGAUAAUAUUUGGAGCUUGUCUAGGGUUUCGGAGUUCGGAUACGUACGAGUGCAUGCAACGAAGAAUGAACUUAGUGUUGAGUUUGUGAAUGCAGAUUCAAGAAAUACAGAUGAUAAUUUUCAGAUCGUUAGGAGCUAA